AUGGCGAAGAAGAUCAGCAAGCCUGUCAAGCCUGUCAAGCCUGUCUCAAAGCCGAGGAUUGACUCCAGGCGAGAAUACAGGACGGUUGAUAACGAGCAAGAAUCUGAGGGCUCUAGACGUAGCAAGCUGAUUCAGGAGAGAGACGAAGAGCUCUGGCUCAACAAAAGGUUUACAUCGAAGGGUAAUGUCGUAGGCUGGUACCUCGCACCGGCAGCCCAAGAGCCUUUCUGGAGAAGUCGCAAGAUCCGGGCAAAAGGAUCUACCGUCAAGCCGACUGUCACCAACAAGCAGCGACAGAUCUACGAAGAAGUGAAAUUGGCUCGCAUCAGGAAUGACCCCUACAUCACACAGGGGCAGAUGGCUUCUUGCGUGCAACUCUUCGAGAAACCUGGUCCAACCCCUCAAGAGCUAUUUGAAGCAGCCAAAAGGAGGGAGCAGGCUUCCGCUGAGCUAGCGAAAAUCCUCGAUACGUUGAAGCAAGUGCCUGCUCAGCAAAGUGAACAUGCGAAUGAAGAAGAAUCUGCUGCUCCCAAGGACGACGAUGCUGCGGCGAAGAAGUAUGCGGCGGCUCAGGUGAUUAGGAAGGAAAUGCGGGAGGAAGGAAAACAUGGCGGCUCGCUUUGGCAACCGGCUGGGCAAGAUCAAUAUUACAUGUAG